UGUUGUUGCUGCCAGGGCCGCGAUGCGAUGGCGGCGCCGGCAGCUACCGGCUGUUACAUUGGGGAGGUGAAGCAUCAACUGCGGGACGGCUUUGGUCAGUAUAUUUAUCCAAACAGUUUCUUUCAAUAUGAGGGAGAAUGGAAAGAUGGAAAAAAGCAUGGUCACGGGAAGUUUCUAAUGAAGGAUGGCAGUUACUAUGAGGGGCAGUUUGUGAAUGGAGAAAUAGAAGGGAAUGGGGUCCGGUACUGGGCCUCCUCAGGAAAUGAGUAUUGCGGGCAGUUCAGCCAGGGAGAGGUCCACGGACAUGGAGUGAUGAAGUACUCUGAUGGUGCCCAGUAUGAAGGCGAGUUCUAUUAUGGUGCCCGAGCAGGACAUGGAGCACUGACUGAUAAGGAGGGUCAGAUCUAUCGAGGCUCCUUCUAUAACCAUAUGAAACAUGGAGAAGGAGAGAUGUUCUACAAGAAUGGUGAUCACUACCAGGGAGACUGGGUCCUGGACCAGCAUCAGGGCCAUGGCGUGAUGCAGUAUGCAGAUGGUUCACUAUAUGAGGGACAGUGGAGAAAUGACCUGUUUAAUGGGCAAGGUUCCAUAAUUCACUGCAGCGGUGUGGUUUAUGAUGGAAUGUGGAUCAAUGGACAUCCUGUUGGUGAAGCUACCAAGCUGGUGAUUCUUGGUGAGCCAACACGAGAACUAGUGCAAGGAUCUUCUUUUACCAUUGAAGUUCAGUUGCAGAAUGAUGAAGGAGAGGUGAUGGAAGCUGAAAGUGGACGACUGUUGCAAAUUUGGGCAGGAGUGAAGCACAUUCAACUCACCUCAAAUCUUAGCACCACUUCACUACAGCUCCCAGAGGAUCUGGAAGAACCACUCGUUGAAACACCAUAUGGUUAUAGUGCCAUCAGCUAUCCGCUGGUGGAAUACGUGCCAGAUUCUGACAAUAUUGCAUCUGCUGAAUCUGAAAUUACUCCUGCCAGUUCAUGGAAUGUUAAAGACAGCGAAGUGAAUGGUUCAAAACUGGAUUUCCUUGCAGCAACUGAGAGCACUCAUGGCUCAUUGGAUGGUACACCAGACCCUUCAUCUGACAACGAAGGUAAAGGGACAAAACAGCAGGAGCAAGAAGCUCUCUAUGGGUGUCAGAACCUUUCAGCAGAGGAGAAAGGCUCCACUCCCACUGUGGCCGACCAAAGAGCAGAAAGUGGUUACGCAGUGUUUCAGAACAUUGCACUUGCCACUCCCCCAGCCUGCUAUCGUCCUUUCAUGAUCCUGGAUGAACUGGAGAAGGUAAAAUCUUCAAAACCAAGACAUUUCUCAAAGCUCGCUUGA